CGAUUGCGUGCUGCUGGGCUGCAAUUGCUAGCUGUAGUCGUCAGCUCUAGGAUCAAGAUCAAGAACUCGAGAGACCUCAAAUCAAUCCACAAACUCUGCCUUGCUCCUCCCUGCUUCCCAAGUGACUGCCGAGACCUCUCCUUCGACCGCCCGCUCUCUUUCUCCAGCCUUGAAGCUACUGAACGUGAUAGGCCAUCACUCCCUCUCAAUUGCGGCUCUCUAAAUCCCAUCGCAGCUUGUCAGUCUCGCCCAGAAACUAGACUCGCCUUCAGCACUGCUGACAGUUGAUAGAUGUCCCUCGUUCACCAACAGACCACGACCCAGGUCGUGGCACAACAAUCCGGCGUCGAACAAGAUCCUCCUGUCUGCCUGACCCAACACUCGGUUCUCCGAAUCACGCUGAGUGGUCGAGCUCUUGUCCUCACAAUCCUCGCAAUAAUCGUCGGUGUCCAAAUCCUCCAGCCCUCGCUCACCUGUACGCUCAUAGCCUUAUCCCCGCUACCCGCCAUCAUCCACAAUGACUAUGUGAACUUCCUCUCCCUCGGGCCCGGAGGAACACCUUCGACCUUCCCCGGGUACCUCAAGAUCGUAUUCCUUCGGUUCUUCGCCCUGUCCGACCCGUACACCCCCGCCCCUUUCUGCGAACCAAUCUACCCAUCGAAAGGCUACUACCAGCGCGCCCAAAGCUGGCUCCCUAAGCGUAACGGCCGUCGCCCAACAGUAGCAGGCAUUGCACCACAGAGACAGCUUGAUCAACCGGGCGAUGCAAGGAUGUACGAGGCGCUUCGAGCGUGUCUGGAAGAUCUUGCGGACAAACAACCCGAUCUCUUGCGGGUGGGAACUUCAUGCUUUGAGAAAAAAGGCCUGGCGUUGUUCUGCCAGGACCCAAUAAAUGCCACCUGUCGAGGGGAGAUCUGCCAUGUCCACCACAGUGAUCGAAGCAUGCAUCUGAAUCUACACCCGGAUGAUGCGAGGGUUGUGCUGGAGAAGGGCUGGGGGGAGAGACAUCCUCUGGCAAGGGGCGGAUGGAUGAAGGCCUACGUGCCUCGUGAAUUCAUCAUGGUCUAUGCUCCUAGGGACCGCACCGAGCUGGACGUUAUAUGCCGGAUUGUUGAGGCUGCUGCGUUCUGGGUCAGCGGUAAGAGCAUCGAGGUCAAGGCUGGGAAGGUUUAGGGGGUGAUAAAUGAAGGAGAAUCGAAAGCGAGAAUGGGAAUGGCCCGGGAUACCCAGGGCAUGGUUAUUUUUUGCUAGUUCUUCAGCGCAAGGAGUUAUGGUCAGGCGAAUCACGAAGAGAAUGCAGAGAUACCUAGAAACAAAUUGUAUAUUCUGAGCGUCUAGCAUUUUGAAUAUUGUUGUGUGACAAAGAGGGAGGACUGGUUGGCUCUUGCUUGCUAUGGAGACAAGAAUCUAGAACCACAAAAACCGAAAGCAACACCUCGAAAUGCAGUAAGCACGGGACGGUGCAUAAGCGAGGCAGGGCACCGCGUAAGCCAUCAAGUUCCUGUUGCGUGUGGAUAAGUAAAGGGAAGGAAGAGGGAAGUUGGUACUGAAGGAGAUAUAGCUAAUCAACUCGGGCGCGCGAGA